AUGGUCCCGCUCAAUUGCGGAGAGGUAGAACAUGUAUCGCGCGUCCAAUCAAAUAAAAAGCAUGCGCCCCAAGCAUUUGCCCCAUUGGAUAUUUCUGAAGGUGAAUGGACUCAGGCCACCAGGGCUGCAAGAACUGCCACAUGGGCAUCGAUAUUCUACUUGAUUACAACUGAUGUCCUGGGACCUUUUUCGACUGGUUAUGCCUUCUCCCAGAUGGGCCUUGCUCCCGGUGUCGUCUUGUACACCGUAUUUGGUGCUCUGGCCGGAUACAGUGGGUUUCUACUGUGGAGGUUAUUUCUUCAACUUGACAGCGACGAGCACCCCCUCCGAGGCUACAGUGAUCUAGCUUUGCGCAUCUACGGACCCUGGUUUCAGCAUGUAUGCAAUGUAUUGCAAUCGUUUCAGUUUUUCCUCACCGUCAUGGUCAUCAUGAUCACGAAUGGUCAAUCCAUCAGCCAGUUGUCACAAAACAAAUUAUGCUUCAUCAUUUCUGUUUUGAUCAGCGCCCUGGCUGGUUGCGUUAUGGGACAGAUCCGGACUCUCAAUAACCUCGGCUGGGUGGGGUCUGUGAGUGUCUUUCUGAAUUUGUUCGUCAUCCUUGCAACUAUGGGAGUUAUGGCUCAUAGCCCGCCGAACUAUGUACUCUAUGCCGCGUCACAUCCGGAUUUUGACGUUCAGGCGCCUAAUCCCAUUUCCAUUUCCGUUACUGCACCACCAGAACUCACCUUUGUAGAUAAUGUGAACGGUUUGAUGAAUGCCGUGUUCUCAUUCGGUGGUGCGACAAUGUUUGUUGAGUUGAUGGCUGAGAUGAGGCGGCCAAUGGACUUUUGGAAAGGUCUUCUAUGCGCCGACCUCCUCAUCUUCUUAUGUUAUAUGGUGUAUGGUAUUUAUUGCUAUAUGAUGCAGGGGCAAUAUGCUUAUAUCAAUUCCUAUCAAGGAAUAUCUCCAUACAACUGGCAGACAGUCUGCAAUGCCAUUGAACUAUUGACUAAUGUCAUUGCCGCGGUUCUAUACGCUAAUAUUGGCAUGAAGGUUCUAUACAACAGCAUUGGCCGUUACUUUUUCAAGUUCCCCGAUUUGAACAGCGGAUCCGGAAAAUGGAUUUGGGCCUUUUUUGUCCCGAUCUACUGGGUUCUUGCCUGGGUCAUUGCUCUAUCAGUACCACAAAUAACAUCCUGGACUGCUAUACUUGGAGCUGGAGCGCUUCUGCAAUUCACAUAUACUUUUCCGGUGUUUUUAGCGCUUGGCUUCAGAGCUCAAAGAGACUCAGUAUUAUCUCAGGAAAUUUAUAACCCCCUCGACCGCCGAAUAGAGCGAGUUGACCAUGGCUUUAAGCGUUGGGUCCGAGGAAUGCGAAAGGAGUUGUGGUGGAAUGUAUUCGACGGGGUGAUAUAUGUGGGUUCUCUUGCUACUUGUGUCCUCGGGCUUUAUGCGGGUUUUAAGACUCUAGUCGACGGUUACACCAAUUCACCAAGCUUGGUAGGUUGGCGUUGCUCGAGCCCAACAGGUUAA